CGAAAUUUCGCGCUCCUUUGCUCGUCGUACGGCACACGUUUCCUUCGUAUAUAAUAAAUCGCGUUUUACAUCGGUCAAAUUUAUGGUGCGAGUGAAUCGAUAACGAGGACAGAAAAAAAGCACGCGGCAGAAGCAUCUGCGUAAAAAAGAUCGUUUCCGAUGUUAUAUCAGCGGCUUUUGACCCUGGGAGAUGGACCCUACGGCUUCUGUCUUUUGUUGUCUACUGGUGUUUUUGUUGGCGAUUCUUCACAAAUCUGAGGUAACGGCACAGAAUAAGCAAUGGCAGGAGCUCUUCAACAGCACGUCGUGCGCGAGGCCACCGUUCACCUGUCCGUACCCUCAAAUUCAGUUUUUCUUAUAUACAAGAGAAACGCAGCAAAAUGGUUUCCUACUCGACGUUACGAGAAAAAAAUCCCUGAGUCAAUCUCGCUUCAAUAAUCAGCAUCCAACGAAAAUAAUAAUUCACGGAUUCGGUGGUGGCAGAAAUUUGGCACCUAGUACCGAUUUACGUAAAGCUUACUUUACUCGUGGCAAUUAUAACAUCAUAAUUGUCGAUUAUGGCUCGUUGGUACGCGAGCCUUGCCUCUCUCAGAUACAAUGGGGACCGGACUUUUGUUCGCGAUGCAUCGCUCAGCUCGUGCGUUACUUGAGAAAUCAUCCGCGCGGUGUUCCAGCUGAUAAUAUUCACGUAUUGGGCUAUAGCGUCGGUGCGCAUAUAGCCGGUCUCAUUGCCAAUCAUUUGCCGGACGACAAACUGGGUAGAAUUACAGGACUAGAUCCAACGAUUUUUUUCUACAUGGCUGGAAACCGAUCAAGAGACUUGGACCAUACGGAUGCUCAUUUUGUCGAUGUGAUCCACACGGGCGCGGGAAUCCUCGGACAGUGGGGCCCGAAUGGGCAUGCGGAUUUCUAUGUGAACGGUGGGUCAAGUCAGCCCGGAUGCGCAACAACGUCACUCCUUCAAACACUGUCCUGCGACCACACGAAGGUGACGCCAUACUACAUCGAGUCGAUAACAACCAAGGUCGGAUUUUGGGCAGCUCCAUGCCCAAAUCUGUUCUCGUAUCUGAUCGGUCUAUGCGACCCGAACGAAGACGAUUACAUACCGAUGGGGGAGGAUACGCCUCAUUCCGCUCGAGGAAUAUUUUAUCUUUCAACAAACGCCCACAAACCCUACGCCCGAGGACUUCCAGUAAAAAAACGACAGCAAAUAACAAACCGGAAGCGAUCGUCCUCCCGCCAAUUUUGAGCUUAUUGAAACAAAUAAUUAAUAUUAUAAUAGAAAAGUAGUCAAAAAUAAAACAUUCUUUCAAAAUAUUACCAAGGCCAUUGAAACGAACUUUAAUUGAGUAGUAAUGAUAUUGAAGGUCCAGAGAAAUGUUUUUCUUAAAUUUUUUUGGGACUAGAAUAAAAACUAUUGAUUAAAAAUAGAUAUCGAGUAUUAAUAAUUAGAACUUAAAUACUUUAGUUUAUUAAUCUCGCUGGUGUUUAGUAUUUAAAAAAUGUUAAUUAUCUUCGAACUUGUGUUAAAGCCAAAAACUUACCUACAGAUGAGAAAGUAGUUAAAAAACUUCAAGCUAUCAAUCAAAAUAAUGAUAAAAUAAUUGUAAUAAAAAGUAAGUUUUAAGUAAACUUAGUUCUAUGUGAUAUUUUUAUACGUACGCUUGACAGUUUUUUUUAAAUUGUUCCAACGCCAAUAAAAAUUUUAGUUUAUGUUAAUAAUGUCACUAAUAGCGAUACAAAAAAUUUUCAAGAAUGUAUACAGAUGAGUAAAGUAUGUGACUUGUAAUUUGAACUUCUCUAUAUAUUACUGAAAAUGUUCUGAAAUAGUGAUUGUUACCAUUAUUUAGUUUUUAUGGCAAU